AUGCGGCUGCUAAAGGCCUCAUCCAUCGGCGGCUUUCAGCUGGUUUCCUUCCCUGAUGAUAGCACUCCUCCAUAUGCCAUUCUCUCGCACACCUGGAGUCAGGACCAAGAGGUCACAUACAGCGAUCUAGUGGGUGGUACUGGCAGAGGCAAGACUGGCUUCGCGAAAAUCCGCUUCUGUAUGGACAGAGCGGCUUACGAUGGCAUAACUUACUGCUGGGUAGAUACCUGCUGUAUCGAUAAGUCUGACAGCGCAGAACUUAGCACAGCAAUUAACUCGAUGUUUCGAUAUUAUCAACACGCGAAGAAGUGCUAUGUGUAUCUAUCUGAUGUCCAAGUGCCAGAGGAGAUUACUGACCCCGAGGCUUUCCAAAUAACAUGGGAGGCUAGCUUCCGACGCUGGACGCUGCAGGAGCUAUUAGCGCCGCCUAUCGUGGAGUUCUUCUCCAAGAAUGCGAAACUACUAGGCAGUAAGAUAUCGUUAGAGCGAGAGAUUCAUGACAUCACCAAGCUUCUCAUCGAAGUCCUUAGAGGACAACGAAAGUUCUCCACGUUCAGCAUAGAAGAACGACUGGAGUGGGCCGCUCGACGCACGACUACACUGAAGGAGGAUAAAGUAUAUUGCCUCCUAGGGAUAUUUGGAGUAUUCCUGCCCCUUAUAUACGGAGAAGGUGAAGCGUACGCGACAGACCGGCUUCGACACGAGAUAGCGAGACGACAGGAAAGUAAAGGCCUAAAGAAUCUAGGUGACUUGACAGUUGCCUUACCAUUGCCCUUUCCACGAAAUGAACAAUUCGUUGGACGAGAAAAUGAACUCAGGAUUCUUGAGCAUUUCCUCCUUCCGAAUAUCCACCGACGUUUGACUGUAUGUGGACUGGGCGGGUGCGGGAAAUCAGCGCUCGUGCUUGAGUUUGCAUACCGUACACUUGCGCAAGAUCCUGGACGCCUUAUCUUCUGGGUGCCUGCUAUCAGCAAAGAAACCUUUGAGCUCGCAUAUCACGAAAUCGGAACACUGCUUAAUGUGCCGGGCUUGGGUGACGAUAAUGCAGAUAUUAAGCGGCUGAUUAAAGAGACGUUAAGGUCGAAUAAGCGAAAUUGGCUGAUGAUUGUAGACAAUGCGGAUGAUACUGAGAUGCUGAUGAGCGGUGAAACUCGACUGCUGGAUUAUAUUCCAUACAGUAACAACGGCAAGAUCAUCUUCACAACGCGAAGCAGGAAAGCGGCCAGCGAUUUAUCCCAGGCGGAUAUACUGGAGUUGCAGGAUAUGAUCGGGGUCGAAGCACGGCAGCUGUUACAGCGACGCGUCACGAAACAGGCAUUGCUUACCGAUGGAAGAGCUGUUGAUGAGCUGCUAGAGACACUCGCUUAUCAUGCACUUGCUAUUGUGCAGGCUGCGGCUUUCAUGAAUCGUAAUGAGAUCUCAGUCGCGGAAUAUAUUUGA